AGAAACCUACAAGACAGUGAAUAUCACAUUGAACUGAAUGGCCACAUGGGUUGGUUUCACACACAUUUGAACAGAAGUUUAAUUGCCUGACUUAAACAUGGAAGUUUCUACGAUGGAUUACAUAUACGAUGGAAUGGAGCCACCGUGUGCUGACAGCGCAGAGUAUCUCAACCGCACAGUUUUUAUGGUUAUCUACAUCAUAGUCUUCUUCCUCAGCUUGCUGGGGAACACGGUGGUGAUACUUGUGGUGUAUUUCAUGGAAAACAACAGGGCGUCCACCGACGUUUACCUCAUGCACCUGGCUGUUGCUGAUCUGCUCUUUUCUUUGACUCUCCCGUUCUGGGCUGUUUACCUUCACCACAAUCAUUGGAUGUUUGGCACCUUUAUGUGCAAACUGGUAUCGGGCGUGCAGGAAGCCACUUUUUACUCCUGCGUCUUCCUCCUGGCGUGCAUCAGUAUCGAUCGCUACCUGGCCAUCGUUAAAGCCACCCAAUUCCUCUCCAGACAGCGCCACCUGGUAGGGGUGGUGUGCACGUUGGUGUGGCUGUGUGCGGUUCUCCUAUCCCUGCCCAUUAUUGUGCACCGUGAGGCCUUUGGGUCCGUGACGUCGGAUGACGCUUACGAAUGUCAUGAGAAUCUGACCGAGACCAUGGACGACUGGAGGUUGGGCCUGAGGAUUCUUCGCCACACGGCUGGAUUCUUCCUUCCCUUGGUUGUGAUGGUUUUCUGUUACAGCUUUACCAUGUACACGCUGUGUCACACACGAAACAACCAAAGGCAGAAGGCCAUGCGGGUCAUCUUCUGCGUCGUCCUGGUAUUUGUCAUCUGUUGGUUGCCCAGAAACAUUACAGAGCUCAUUGAUAGCCUGAUACGUGCCGAUUGGAUCAAGGACAGCUGCAUGCUGAGAUACCGAGUGGAUUUGGUGAUGUACAUCACAGAGGUUUUGGCUUUCAGCCACUGUGCCAUCAAUCCCAUUCUGUACGCGUUUAUUGGGAAGAAAUUCCGCAACCAUCUCCUGAUGGCGCUCUUUAGGAAAGGCCUGCUGGGGAGAGAAAAUCUUUCCAGAUAUAGAAUUGGAUCAGGCUUUAGUUCUGUGAGCUCAAGGCAAAUGUCAUUUACAGACAAGUAACAAUGACAGGAGGAGUUCAGUGCUCCUGUGAGGUCUGCAGUGUGCCGGAAAUGCAUGUUUUAUCACCUGUGAUCUCAGAAAAUGGGGGGGGGAUGCAGUCUACACCUGUAAAUGCAAUUUCUGGGGCUAUGAAGCAACAGAGCUUGGAGAUUAUUAUGUGUAGAUACAUUUAAAGUGAUAGUUCACCCUAAGAGGAAAAUUCACACCGCCUCGUGUCAUUCCAAACCUGUUUGACUUUCUUCUGCAGAACACAAAAUAAGAUAUUUUGAAAAAUGUUGGCAAGCAAACAAAACUGGCCCCUUUUAAAUUGUAUCGGAUGGGCACAAAACAAGCGGGACAUUCUCUUUUAAUGUAGAUUUCAGGACAAUUUAAUACAUUAUAAUUCACAAGAGCUGCUGUAAAACUACCAAAUCUUAGCUUGCUGCUAUUUUACUUACUCAAUGUGUGCAAAUUUGUACGACAAGAUAUAAAGACUAAUUUUGUUUCUGUUAAAGCGAUUCUUAUUUUAUUUUGGAAACAUAGCAUUUAAUAAAACAAAUGUUCAAAAUCUUAAUAUCUCAUUGUGCAUAAGAUCUCUGUUUGGUUAUGGCACUAUGUUUCCUAUUGUAAAAAUGCAUUAUGGUUUUGGUGAUGUUGGUAAGGGUGAAGGGAUAGAAUUUGCAGUUUCAAAGUCGUUGUGUCCAUGGAAAAUGCAUAAAACCCCACAAUGUAUAAAAACAAAAAACCUGCGUGUGUGUGUGUGUUUGUCAGUCACUUUCUAUUAUGAUGAUAACAAUCUUUGAAGGGGUUGGUUUCGUAUUGUUUGGUGUAUCUUAUAAUCUAUGAAAAAACCCUUCCUCACAGCAAAGGUUUCAGAUGUUAUCAUUGUUACCUUUAUGUUCUAUGUCAUAACUUUAAACACAGAUUUGCUUCUGAAUUGUUGUCAUAGCCAAAUCAUUAUGAUUUCGGUAUGGUUCUCAAAAGUAUGCAAUAAAAUGUCUUUACUGAUGGAGA